AUGCAACAGCAAGAGCAAGGGACUUCUACAACUAGCGUUGACUCUGGUUUCUUCUAUCCUUCCAAGUUGGGUAGCUUUUCAGCUACUACUCCAUCGAUACCCCAGUUAACAACAUCUUUAGCUGAUCAAGCAUUAUUUGAGAACUACAAUUUGAAAUGGGAGGAAGCUUCUUUAGAGCAGAAAAUGGCGGCACUCAAGUUAGAAACUCAAAAGCAAUUAUUGAAUGAACUGAUGCUUCAAAAGCAGUUGCCACAUUCGGCAUGUACUUAUCCAGCUGAAUUUCAUAUACGCACGGCAAAAACACCGAAUCAACGAAAUCGUGAGCUAUAUAAGACAGCUUUAUGCGAUUUCUGGAGCGCAGGUGUACCAUGCCGAUUUGGUGACCGCUGUUGGUUUGCACAUGGACCACAUGAACUUCGUAUUGCGCGUUUCGUAUAUCCUGGUUUACAUCCAUAUGAUUACGAAAUUCGGAUGAACUCUUCAAAUACUCUUACACCGUCAUAUGCUCGACAAUUUUGGAAUUUCGAUCAGAACUGUCCAGUAGUUAAUUCACAGUCGACUUCACUAACUCUCUCAGCAAUGGGUCCCAACGUCCCAAUUGGUUAUGAGCGCAAACUCCGUCGUAUUUCUCCAGUGCACGAGAAUGUGACGGUCAAAGAUUGGCGAGUAGCUCAGCGCGGUAUAUCAGACGGUGAUUCUGGAAUCGGAAGUGCUGGAACUAACAAUUCCCCGGAAGUGAAAUCUUUAUUUAGGCAGCAGCUUCAUGUAGAAAUGGCUUUGCAUUUUUCAGUGCAUAACCAGGUUUAUUUCUCAUGUGAUGAAUUACAGCCAGUACCUGUUUUUAAGUUACGGCCACUAGAUACAGUCACAAGUCGCGAACAAACCUCCCAAAAAGGAGAAGCAUUUAAUCGUUGGUUGAGUGCUGGGAAUGUACAACCUAAGAACUUAAAAGUGCCACCUGGUCUAGAGCAGAUGGGUUGGUGGCCGGAUACUAUCAGUAGUACAUAUCCAUUCAUCAAUCGACCAACCUCAAGCACCCAGCCUAGUCAAUCUACGGGCGCUACAAGCGAGCACUGUUACUCAAUAUGUUUUGAUCCAAAACUGGAUAAAGUUGAUGCCUAA